AUGGUCGCAAUCUCUCGCGUGGCCGCAGCACGCUCGCUAGCCCGCCAGCUGGCGAGGCACAACCUGCGAACCACCGGCGUCGCUGCCACACCUCUCCGCAUCGCUGUCGCAUCCACACCCCUCGCUCGCGCACCCAGCACCUUCCGCAGCCUUAGCAUCUCGACCCGUCGCUCCGCUGCCGCAGCAGCAGCCGUCUCAGCACCACCGUCUCACGAUGCUGCCGCACAGACCGCGCACGAUGGCGCACAUAUGCCCAUGUCGCCCCUCACCUCCGCCGACCUCGCCCGUCUCGUCCGUCAGCGCAAUGUCGGUAUCUCGGCGCACAUCGACUCUGGCAAAACCACUCUCACCGAACGUGUGCUCUUUUACACGGGGCGCAUCAAGGACAUCCAUGAGGUGCGGGGGCGUGAUGCCGUCGGCGCCAAGAUGGAUCACAUGGAGCUCGAGCGUGAGAAGGGUAUUACGAUUCAGAGUGCCGCGACGUACUGCAGCUGGAAGGCCACGCCGCCUACCGAGAAAGCGAGUCUCAGUGGCGAUGCUGCCGAUACGACCAGCAAGGAAAUGGCCAAGAAGGAGGAUUUUCACAUCAACAUCAUCGACACGCCGGGACACGUCGAUUUCACCAUCGAGGUGGAGCGCGCGCUGCGUGUGCUCGAUGGCGCCGUGCUGGUGCUCUGCGCUGUGAGCGGUGUCCAGUCGCAGACCAUCACGGUGGAUCGACAGAUGAGGCGCUACUCGGUGCCAAGGAUCAGCUUCAUCAACAAGAUGGACCGUGCCGGUGCCAACCCGUGGCGUGUCAUUGGGCAGAUCAGGAACAAGCUCAAGAUGCCCGCUGCCGCCGUCCAGAUCCCGAUCGGUGCAGAGGACGACUUCAACGGUGUCAUCGACCUCAUCCGCUGGAAGGCAGUCUACAACGAGGGUCACAAGGGUAUCGAGAUCCGCGAGACCGACGAGAUCCCCGCUGAAUACCUCGAGCUCGCCAAAGAGAAACGCGCCGAACUCAUCGAGCAGCUCGCAGAGGUGGAUGACGAGAUGACCGAGAUCUUCAUCGAGGAGCGCGAGCCCACCAUCGAGGAGCUUGCCGGUGCGAUCCGACGCACGACCAUCCGAUGUCAGUUCUCGCCCGUCUUCCUGGGCUCGGCGAUCAAGAACAAGGGCGUGCAGGCGAUGCUCGACGGUGUAUGCUCGUACCUGCCCAACCCGGCGGAGGUGCCGGCGACGGCGAUGGACAUGAGCACGGCCGCUACCAAGAAGGCCGCUGAGGACGCGGCUAAGGCUGCGGGCGAGGACGAGGAAGCUGCUGCCGAAGCACGUCGCAACGCCGCGCCACCCGUUCUACCUCUCAGCCCCGCAUCAGAAGCCCCACUGGUCGGCCUCGCGUUCAAGCUCGAAGAGGGCAAGUACGGCCAGCUCACCUACAUGCGUGUCUACCAGGGCACGCUGCGUCGCGGCAACCUCAUCUUCAACGCGCGCACGGGCAAGAAGGUCAAAGUGCCUCGUCUGGUGCGCAUGCACUCGAAUGACAUGGAGGAUGUUGAGGAGAUCGGUGCAGGUGAGAUCUGCGCCAUGUUCGGCGUCGAGUGUUCGUCGGGUGACACCUUCACCGAUGGCACGACACAAUUGAGCAUGACCUCGAUGUUCGUCCCCGAGCCUGUCAUCUCGCUGGCCAUCACACCGGAAGGCAAAGAGUCGCAGAACUUCUCCCGCGCGCUCAACCGGUUCCAGAAGGAAGACCCGACCUUCCGCGUUCACGUCGACAAGGAGUCCAACGAGACCAUCAUCAGCGGCAUGGGCGAGCUGCAUCUCGAGAUCUACGUCGAGAGGAUGAGGAGGGAGUACAACGUGCCGUGCACCACGGGCAAGCCGCGCGUCGCGUUCAGGGAGACGAUCGAGAAGAAGGCGAGCUUUGCGUAUACGCACAAGAAGCAGACGGGUGGUGCGGGUCAGUUCGGUCGUGUCAUGGGUUAUGUCGAGCCUAUGGAGGUGGAUCCCGAGACGGGUGUGGAUACUGCUUUCGAAAACAGGGGCGUGGGUGGCAGCAUUCCCAACGGCUACAUCACUGCGUGCGAGAAAGGUUUCUACGAUGCGCUGGAGAAGGGUGCUUUGUCGGGUCACGCAGUGACGGGCGUCCGCUUCGUGUUGGAGGACGGUGCCGCACAUAGCGUCGACUCGUCCGAACUGGCUUUCCGCCUCGCCACCGCCGGCGCCUUCCGCGAGGCCUACCAGAAGGCUAACCCGGUCAUCCUCGAGCCCAAGAUGACCGUCGAGGUCGUCGCACCCAUCGAGUUCCAGGGCGCCGUCAUCGGCGCGCUCAACCAGCGCAAGGGCACCGUCGCAGACACCGAGGUGCGCGAAGACGAGUUUACCCUCACCGCAGAGGUCUCGCUCAACGACAUGUUUGGCUACUCGUCGCAACUGCGCGGCUUGACACAGGGCAAGGGAGAGUUCUCGAUGGAGUACAAGUGCCACACGCCCGUCAUGAUGAACGUUCAGAAGGACAUGCAGGAGGCUUAUAGGAAGAAGCAGACCGAGAAGAAGUGA